UGAGAACAUUCCAUUUCCCCAUCGGCGCCGCAUCGGCGGACAAUUGCAAAUGUGGAGAGACGCAUCUGUCGGCUAUUUAUAUAGCUGGCCCCACCUUCCAGACAUCCCCCUGUCCACGCCCAAACGCUCACUGAAUACAUCACCACCACACAAGAACAAAACCUCACGCCAAAAAUGGGCUUCUUCGAAAACCUCUUCAGCUCCAACGACGCGCAAGACGCACACGCCCAAGUCUACGGCUGCGGCCAGAUUAAGGAACACCACAAGUCCUCCUUCACACACGAGGUCAUCGCCGGCGCCGCCGGGUUCGAGGCCAUGAAGGCGUACGAGAAGCACGUCGCUCAGAAUGGUGCCCCGCCCUCCCAUGAGAAGAUGAAGGAGCUGCUUGCGGGGUUUGCGGCUGCGGAGGUGGAUAAGCAGUUUGAGACAAAGGGGAUUGACUGGCUUGACAGGGACAAGGCCAAGAAACACGCCAUCGCGCAAGCUCACAAGCUCGCCGACGAGCAAUACGGUUCUGGGAACUUCCAGCCCACUGGGUACUUCCAGCAGCAAAACCAAGAUGUGUACGCUUGAACCUCCAAAAGCGGAAAACUGUUACUUACGGCGUAUAUAUCAUAGUCUGCACCCAAUUUAUG